AUGUGCCCAUUCAUUUGGGUACGUGGCCGGUCUGACUUGAUCCAUGACAAUUCCGCCAUCAUCAGUGUUGUCGAGCGGUAUUACGGCGAGGACGUGUCAACCGCCUCUGAUACGGACGACUCUACUGGAAGUUAUCAGCUCAAUUUAUCUUCUCGGACUGUUCAAGUCACUUGGGAGGUUGAAGGGCUCGCUCGGCAUAUACCAAGCCUCAAAGCCGACUUGCACGUCGACACUGAGCAAGGAACAGCUCUCAUUACCCUGCGCGGGCAAUGUAUCCUCAAAGCCGGCCCUUCCAGCGGCGUUGCUCUUUACCUGUUCAUCUACCCCGAGAACAUACGGUCGGUUGAGUUUGCAUAUACCCCUUCGCCCACGGCUCCCACCAUCACCAUGUCUCUUAAGCAGGAACCAGCCUUUGGAACCAAAGGGGCGUCUACAGCACUUGUCGAUGCUCUACAAUCUCUUGCCACGGUCAAGGAGCUGUCCAUCUACUUGGAUUUGCUCUCGCUGGUGGCUGAGGCGAGAGAACAGCUGGCUUUGCUCCCGUUGGUCUUCUCCCGCUGUCGACUAGCUACGAACGAGAAACGCGCAUCUAUUGCGAGGCUCUAUAGGGGUGUUGGUGGGGAGGUUGUUAAUUCGAGGACUACGGCAUUGGUGCAGGAGGCGGAACAAGGCAGUCCUACGCAUGCCAUCUCUGCAGCUAGCAAGCUUCAAGAUGCUGCCCAAAUAUCAACUCCAACCCAAACGCGGACGCGCAAACGAGCAGCAAGCGCAAGUCCAAGCCCAAGCGAAUUCUUGCCUCCCUAUCCUGCUGGCAAAGAUGAAGGGGUGUUACCAGGUUCAGGCAACGAUCUGGACCAAACAGAGAAGAAGAAUGUCCCCCAAAGUCAGCAGUCAACACAACUCUACACACCAUCAGAUCGUGACAGCAAACGCCCACGCCUUGAGGCAACAACCCCCUCCGACCGCGCCUCACCUCCCACUCUCCUCCCACCCCUCCGAGACACAUUGGAAGUCGAAGUAGGAGUCGAUGCCUCAACCGUUGACGUCGACCCACAAAAACUCUCCUUCCUAAUCCACCAACUCCUCUCUCGAAACGCCGCUCUCGAAAAGCGAGUGCAGCAUCUCGAAGUCUCAUCCACUUCCCGGUCUCGCCUUCAGGGUUAUCCCCACAGUCACACUCAAAGCCACAGUUCUCCCUCUCACCAUUCUCACCAUUCCCCUUUCCACCCCCACAGUACUCCUUCCCAUCAUCCCCAAAGUCAAACAUCCCAAACAUCCCACUCCCACCAACCUUCCCAAAACAUCCAAACCUGCCCCCACGAAUACUGCCGCUACAACACCUCCGAAGCCUCCUCCAUCCGCUCCAGCAUCCGGCACCGAAUCGACGACGCCCUAGAAACCGGUCUAGACACGGCGUGCUCGAAGCUUGAAGACUGGGCCCAUCUUGAAUUUCAAGAACAAGUGCGGGCCGAGAUAACGGGGCAGUUGGAGGAUUUGGGGAGGGAGUUGGGGAGGGAGUGGAGGGAUGAUUUGAGGGAGGAUGUGAAAUAUGAAUUGAAGGAUGAAAUAAGGGAGGAGAUAGCUGGGGAGGUGCUGAAGAGGGCUGCAAAGGGGGUGGUUGAUGUUGUGAGGAGGAGUGGUUGGCUUGGUCCUCUUAGUCCUCUUGGUCCUUCUAAUUCUGGGCGUGGUCAUGGUCAUGGUCUUGGAGCUGGAGCUGGUUCUGGAGCUGGUCCUCACGGCUUGGGCUCUGGAGGCGCUUAUCCUGGUGCUGGUGGAAAUGCUAUCUCUGGAUUCAACCCCCUACUUCCACCAAACGAACAAUCCCUCUUCGCCGCCGUCGCAGAUAUCCAAAAGACCUUUACAACAUACCUCAGCGACGAGGAGAUGGCUAGGCUCCUCGCCCAUACUGCAGCCCUUGAAGUGCGGCUUAAACAUAGCUUCAAGCUGGAGGACUGGGUCAGGACGGAAGUCGGAGAGCAAGUCGACCGUGAGGUAGCCCAUCAGCUUGACGCGCUGCACCGAAGGACGGGUAGGAAGUGGGAGGAAAACAUCAGGGACGAAGUGCGGGACAGGAUCACCGAGGACGUGAAGGAGCAACUCCAUGGUGACGCAACAAACAGCGCGUUGCAGAAGAUGGGGGAGUUCUUGGUUCAAGCGGUAGACAAGAGUGGGUGGCUUCUCCCUGGAAGCACUGAAUGUGGAAAUCUUUUGUCUCGCUCCAUCGUGCCUGGCGAAAACGCUCUUUACGCCGCCGUAGCCGAUGUGCAAAAGAGAUAUGAUGGGAAAAUGAGUGAGGAGGAGAUGGCUAGGGUGAUGAAUCGUUUUCGAACGGACACGAUGAGUGCUAUCACGUACAACGCUUGUGGGGAGAACAUGAAGGACCAUUAUGUUGGGAAGUGGAAAACGGUUAAGACGUCGGAUUGGGACGAGUGGAGGGGAGGGAUAGGUUACUGA